AUGUAUCAAGGACUCGCCGCCUACAGAGUCAUCUGCUGGGAUCCCUCUGAAGUCAUCUGCUGCAUUGGGGAGGAUCUGUUCGUACCAGACGAAUAUCAACACAUGAUUAAUUGGCACCUUCUCCACCUCUUCAAAGACAAGUAUCUAAAAGUGUCUAAUUUCCUAAUUGGGAGCAACAUACUGAAAUACUAUUGGGCUGUGGAAAAGACAGUCAUAUUGGCAUGCCAUACAUAUACCCUUGUCCCCACCCUCUACCUCACUAGUGGCUAUUUGGAAAACCCCUCUCUCUUAUUGGAUCUUGAUUAUUCAUAA